GAAACGUAAAAUCUGAUGAGUUUCAUCACCUGCGUAUUCACAUCUCCAUGAUCAGUAGUCACCGCCGUGUCGUAUAGGCCGUAUACACGUAGUCACUCACCCGGUUCCCUCUCCUCUCGCAAAGUAACGGUGCAAGACAGUGCACAAGUUCAUGAUUGUUACAUAGCAUAUGUGACAUUAGUGACUGUAGUCGUCUACCGGUAUACGUGUAUAUAGAUAUACGUACUAAUGUAUUUGUAGUCUUGUAGAUACUGGCUGUCAGUCCUUCUGUUGUGUAAAAUGAAAAUGGCGGCCGAAGUGAGGUGGCCAAUAUAUUUAUUCUUUAUUUUGCAACUUGCAUUUAGUGUAUCUACAGAAUCUCCACACAGAAAAUUCGAGUACAAAUACUCGUUCAAGCCACCAUAUUUAGCACAAAAAGAUGGUAGUGUUCCAUUCUGGGAAUACGGUGGAAAUGCAAUUGCUAGUUCAGAAAAUGUUAGAAUAGCUCCAUCUCUCAGAAGUCAAAAAGGUGCAAUUUGGACCAAGUCACCGGUAAACUUCGAAUGGUGGGAAAUCGAUUUAGUAUUUAGAAUAACAGGUAGAGGAAGAAUCGGAGCUGAUGGUCUAGCAUUUUGGUACACAAGCUCAAAAGGUGCUUACAAUGGCACCGUUUUCGGCAGCUCCGACCAAUGGAAUGGUCUUGGAAUCUUCUUCGAUUCCUUCGAUAACGAUAAUAAGCAUAAUAAUCCCUACAUAAUGGCUGUUCUUAAUGACGGUACUAAAGUAUUCGAUCAUGCCAACGACGGAGGAUCUCAAAUUUUGGCUGGAUGCUUGCGCGACUUCCGAAACAAGCCUUUUGCAACUCGGGCGAAAAUUGAAUACUAUAAGAAUACCCUCACGUUACUUUUCCACGGUGGCAUGACCAACAGUGAACACGAUUACGAAGUAUGUUUCCGCGUGGAGAAUGUAUUUUUACCCAAAAAUGGAUUCUUUGGAAUUUCCGCCGCAACAGGCGGACUCGCCGAUGACCACGAUGUCUUACACAUCCUCACGACAUCCUUACACCCUCCUGGUCAGAUGGUAACCGACGGGCGAAAAGUUUCUAUCGAAGAAGAAAAUAAACUCAGCAAAGAGUACGAGGAUUACGCGAAGAAACUCGAACAACAGCGCGAAGAGUACCGCAAGGAACACCCAGAAGAGCGACACGAAAAGGAUGAAUUUGAAGAAUGGUUCGAAAGUGAUAACCAAAGAGAAUUAAGACAGAUCUUCUCAGGGCAAACUCAGACUUACGAUGCGAUUAGAACUUUAAGUGGCAAACUCGACGAAAUCGUCGGAAGACAAGAGCGAAUGUUGAGUCUCAUUUCGCAAAUACAAUUAGGCGGCGUACAAACUGGAAACGUUCAGCCGGGUCAAGCACCACAACUUAUCGAUACGAUACGUAGGCAAGAAGUAGAUAUAUUAUUAAGUACACAGAACAAUAUUUUAAAUACUGCGCAUGAAAUCAAAUCGUUCAUAACGGACGUUCAAUCAAAAGCAGAUGUGAUCUUAAACAAUCAAGCGCGAAAUCCUACGGCUCAGGUUCAACCCUUGAACUACGACUACCAAUCGUUCACAGCAGAAAUAAGAGACGGGCUCAAUGUCUUGAAGCGCGAUAUUUCGCAAACUAAUAAUAAGCUCAACAACGUUAAUGUAGAUUGCCCAAACGCUUGUCUUUCCACAACAAUGUUUCUCGUAUUUGUAGUUAUUCAAAUGAUAAUAUUAAUGGGUUACAAUAUGUACAGAGACAACAAAGAAGCGCAAGCAAAGAAAUUCUACUAAUAAUAAUGUGUCGAAAACCUAUUGUAAAAAAUGAUCCAAGACUUGUACAUGAAAUUGUAAUAAAUUUUUAUUUACUUAUUUUAUA